AUUUGGCUAGCGAGUGGUAAAGUAUAGGCCUACGCCACUAUAACUUGGGUUGUCCAACAACCAACAGCUCGCUUUUGUAGUUGGCUACCUGCUAUAUGGUACAUGUAGUACUAUUUACCCAGUCAGAAUUAUAUUGGCCUGUCAAGUGUUUAAACACUCAAGCGAAGUGUUUAUGAGAUAAGACAUAAAGUAUCAAAGUUCACAGGAUUAUUCCUACUGUGCAAUCUAGGUUGUAAUUUGAUUAUAUAGGUUCCCUGCAAAUUGGACAGGGUCACUUGAGUUGCUUAUGCUGAAUGUGAUCACAUACCCAGCACGGGUCUUUAGAAUCACCGAAAGAAACCUGACAACUCUUUCCCGAUAUGGAGAUGGAGGGGUAUUAUGGUAAAAAGUCUAAAUGGCCCAAGCCCAUGUUCUGGGGCCUCACGGCCUUCCUGGCUGCGGUUGGCAUCGGUCUCGGGGUGAUUAUCGGGCAUUUUACGGCACCAAAAGGACCGGAGUGUGCCGUACCGACACCUGAUUCAAACGUGGGAUCAACGCCCAUGCCGGGCGUGAACGUCAUCGACCCUAUCAACGCCGCCAACAUUGAGGAAAAUCUAAGGUACUUCACUAAGGUCCCACAUAUCGCCGGAUCUCCCGCCGAACGCUCCAACGCCGAGUACAUACGGGACAAGUGGAUAGAGCAAGGGCUUGACUCCGCCAAACUGGUUCCCUAUGACGUCCUACUGUCCUACCCCAAUGAUACCAUUCGUAACAAGGUAUCCAUUCUUGAAGACGGCAAUGAGAUAUUCCACUCGCGGCUUGAGGAGGCGGUGCUCAGACCCGGAGAUGACCAUCCUGAUGUGGUGCCGCCAUUUAAUGCAUAUUCCUAUCAGGGAGAGCCAGAGGGCGACCUGGUGUAUGCGAAUUACGCUCGAGUUGAAGACUUUGAAUACCUGGAGAAAACUCACAGCGAUAUCAAGCUGAAUGGAACCAUCAUUAUAGCACGCUAUGGAAAGAUAUUCCGUGGGAAUAAGGCACUGAAUGCCCAGGCGGCCGGUGCCAAGGGCCUGAUCCUGUACUCGGACCCGGCAGACUACGCCAUCGAUGACGGUGACAUCAAGGUGUACCCAGAUGGGUGGUGGCUGCCCGAGACCGGAGCGCAGAGGGGCAAUACCUUCGUCAGUGACGCCAAGGGUGACCCGGUCACGCCCGGUUACCCUGCUAAACCAUUUGCCUUCCGUAUAGACGAUUACGAUACGGCUCUACCAAAGAUACCCGUCCAUCCAAUCGGCUACGGUGAUGCACAGCUGUUACUCGGCAACAUGACUGGCGAGGAGGUCAUUGAUGAGUGGAAGGGACAUCUGCCCGUCACCUACCGCCUUGGCCCAGGUUUUAACGACUCAAGCAGGAACGUAAAAAUGACAAUCCAUACCACCAGAGAGACAAGGACGACUUAUGAUGUCAUUGGUUUCAUUCGAGGUGAAAUCGAACCAGAUCGGUAUGUGGUGAUUGGUAAUCACCGUGAUGCAUGGGUCUAUGGAGCCGUUGAUCCAAGUAGCGGGACGGCAGCCUUUAUGGAGGUAUCGCGUGUGUUUGGAGAGCUCAGGAAAUCAGGUUGGAAACCAAGACGGUCCAUCGUAUUUGGGAGCUGGGGAGCUGAAGAGUAUGGUCUGCUAGGAUCUACAGAGUUCGUGGAGGAAUUUCAGAGGGUACUUGCCGCCAGGGCUGUGGCAUACAUCAAUGUAGACUCUGCUGUGACUGGUAACUACUCAUUGAGUGUCAAAUCAACGCCAUUGCUCUACCAGGCAAUCUAUGCAGCAUCGAAGAAGGUGCCUGAUCCAGAAGACCUAUCAACAUCGUUGUAUGAUACAUGGCGAGAUCGUUUGCCUGCAGAUGCUAAUGAUCCCAAUACACUGCCAAGAAUCAAGAAUAUGGGUUCGGGGAGCGAUUUUGCUCCCUUCAUGUACAGAAUUGGGGUGCCAGCUAUGAGUAUGACUUUUUAUUAUAAAUACCACUCUCUGGGAAUAUCCAGCUAUCCCGUUUACCACUCGGUCUACGAGACCUUCUACUACAUGAAGACGUUCUUGGACUAUGAUUUCCUCCGUCACCAGGCCGUGGCCAGACUCUGGGCAGAGGUGGCCCGAGAUCUGGCCGAGUCCGUCAUACUUCCCUUUGACUGCACCGACUACGUGACCAAGAUCACAGGGUCCAUGGAUACGGUGAGGACUGCAUACGAGGCACAGAUGGCUGCGCAGGGAAUCACUUUUGAUUACAUCUACUCUGCUCUGGCGAACUUUUCAGCAGCUGCCACUGAAUUUGAGAAAGUCAUCUCACAGACCGAUAUGAAAGAUUUGAUGGCUUUGCGUCGAGUCAACGAUCAAUUGAUGCAACUUGAACGAGCAUUCAUUGAUCCUCUUGGACUACCAGAUCGCAAAUUUCUUAGACACAUCGUGUUCGCGCCAAGCAGUAAGAACUACUAUGCUGCUGAUGCCUUCCCGGGCAUCGUCGACGCCAUGUAUCGAAUCGACGAAGCACUAGAUCAAGAUGCGCGCUGGGAUAUUGUCAAGCAACAAAUGGCAGUCACAACUCAUGCCAUCCAAUCAGCAGUCAGCACACUACAGGAUGUGCUGGCAUUCGAUGGGUAAUCACAGCAAGGAGCUGAUAGGUCCAAAGUACUUAUUAAACAUAUGGCUUGUAUUCCCCGAGCUAUCCAAUCAGCAGUCAGCACACUGCAAGAUGUGCUGGCAUUCAAAGGUUUUAAUCAGUGAGUAGCUGAUUGGUCCAAAGCAAAUAAAACAUAUAGACCAUUAAUAUACCUCCAGCUAUCCAAUCAGCAAUUUGAGUGCCAAUCAUAGGACAGAGCUGAUUGGUCCAAAGUACUUAUUAAUUAUGGCCCACAUACUCGUGCCAUCCAAUAUGCAAUCAGCAGUCAGCAAGCAGGAUAUGCUUGUGCAUGAAGGUUAAUCAUAGCAAGAAGAUGAUUGGUCAAUCUAUUUUUACAUAUUGCACAUAGAAAUUGAUAUAACACUUGCCAACCAAUCAGCAAUCAGCACGCUACAAGAUGUGUGGGCUGGCUGACUGAUUAAAAUAAACGUCUUCAAUGUGUUAACAUAGAAUUUGAUAGGAUAAAGCCCCAUUAGAAAUAAAUACCAUAUGGUGUAAACUUUUGCAAAACAAAUGUUAAGAGCUGUCCAGUAAUAAAUGAACUCCACUAUUUGACAUUAGAUCUCCUGAAACUUAGAAAAACGUUAGCAUUAUGCGUUUCUUGGUACAGAGGUGUAGAACUGUUGUGUUCACAUGCCUUUUUUGAGGGUGUAUUUUUUCAUUACAUCAGCAUACUUAUUUGCUAAGGCCAAUAUGAGUUCCUUGAGCACAAAACCAGUCGUAAUUCACACGGCCAUAUUUUGAAAUACAGCCUAUAUUGCACUGUGCAGGCAAAAAUUAUCGAAAUUCAGGUUAAGACGUUAGAAGCUAGAAUGGAAUAAUGAACAUUUGUUUUCUUCAAUGGAGUUAAUUUGUGAACUUCCUACGGAAUGUAAUAGGGAAACUUUAACAACAUUUUUGUUUUUCAACUUUCAAAGGCCCAAAAAUUGGGAACUGUACCUAUAACUCCAUCAGCUUUUGACCAAUUCCCAUCAUUGGAAAGCUUACUCGAAGUCCUAAUGAGCCCCACAUACCACUUUCAAAAAUUUGUCCAAGUGACUCGUUUUGUGCUGGAUAGAGGUCACAUUAUGCAGUUGAUGUUGGCCAGCUUUGUGAAUAGUGAAUGCAGAAUUCACUCAGAGUUUAAUGCAGGAUUUGUACAAUGUGGUGGUUCUCGUAUGUCAACAGGUCUCAUUUACAAAACAUUUAUUUUUGCAUGACAGUUUAUCAUUGCAUGAUUCUUUCAAAAUCGUUUAAAAAGUCACAGACAAUCGAGAACAAAAACCAACAAUCAUGACACUGCACGCACUAAUGGUUCAGUUGGUCAAAAUGUGCACUUUAUUUUAAUAGACUUUAACCCAAUAGUACUCCCCACACGCCUCGUCACGUGUGUUUGGUGUUAACACUCAUUAUAAUCAGCUGAUGACUCUCAAAAAAGCACAAAUACAUCCAGAGAGGGCAGUGCACUCGCUAUACAGUACUUUAUCUGCCGAGAAAUAUUCACAAUCUAUACAUACAGACCUAACCGACUGCAGGGUGGGAAUUUACUAUCUCAGUGGCAUCCCGCCAUCCCAAAUUUAACAUUUUUAGGGAUGUCUAUUUCUGACAUAACUAUUAAAACCUUUUAUCAGCUCUGUUUUAAGACUUUUAAUCAUUUUUUUUUAUAUUCCUUUUUUAAAAUUUGAGUAGACGGAAGAAACUAAAUGCUAUUGCUUCAGAAGUUUUUGUUUUACAUUUUUUUUCUAAAAUGCAAAAUGAAAAUUUGGAGGGAAGAGCAGACGAGCAAAUCUACGUCUAAUUCCAGAAAAUGCUAAGAAAUAACUGCAAUUGUAAAUAAGCUUUAAUACCUUGAGGCAAAAAACCAAGACGAAAAGAGGAUUGACGUCAACGUGACAGCAAAGAUUCAAAUACUAAAUUUCAAUAAUGUGUUUGCUUGCUUGACUCAGGAUUUAGGUAGCGAUCAAACGGUUGUUAAAACUUUCACAAUUUAACAGAAACCAUAAUUUAUAACUCUUUUCGAUUUCCAAAAGCCAGAUUUGCAACCCUCGCAAUUAAAGAAAAAAAACUUUAAAUUGGGAAACAUCACAGAGUACUGCUUGCAUUCGAACGCCAUUAAGGAAGCACAGAGAAACUUAACAAUUACAGAACACAAGGGGUAUGGUGGUUAAUUACUCUGACAACACAAAACGUGAAAUUGUAAUUUCACAUUACAAAAUUUCGAGAUUGCUUUAUAAAUAAAAAAGAUCACAUUUGAAAAAGACAAGCAGCUAUGGUCUCUCCAUAAAGAGAUGACCAAAAAAAAGUCAAAACUGUCCUCGGUAUUUCCAUCCACAUCUUUCAUUUUGUCUUCUUAAUGCCUAAAAAUGAUAUCAAUAUCAGAUUUGUCAGUGAAGGAAACAAGCAAUAUAUGCUACCAUUUGCGUUUUUGGGCAACCAAAUUAUUGGUGUUGAAAAAUUUCGUGUUUUUUUUUUAAACUAAACUUCCUUUUCUUCCUUGUCAACGACAGUUCAUGUAGGCUACACUUACACUGGCCUGCAGCACCUAACAAUACCCUUCGAUUGUUGCCAACAUUCUUACAUGUCAUGCAGUAAAAUAAAAGACAAAUGUUUGUAACAUUACGUAUCCUGUUAUGCAUGAGACUAAGGUAUGUUUCUGCAAACUAGCUAUGAGGAUAUUAUUCAAUAGAAAACGUACUGCAAAUCAUUUAUGUAGCUAAACAUUAAUCAGUAUUAUUCACUGUAUUUUUAUAUAACUAAAACAUUGUUCUAUUUGAACUACAUUCAAGUAAGCCUAAAAAAAUUGACAAUCAAUUCUCAUUAAAAUUAAAACCCUGUAAAUUAA